AUGCAGACACGCUCUAAAACAAAAGCUGAGAAAGAGCGUCGUGCAGCACAGUUCUUGUGUGGUAUCGUUGAAGGAUUCUAUGGACGGCCAUGGACGGCAGACCAGCGGAGAGAUUUAUUCGCUAGGAUGAAACGUCUGGGAAUGAACACUUACAUUUACGCACCAAAAGACGAUCUGAAGCAUAGAGCUGAGUGGAGACAGCUGUACAGUUCCGAUGAAGUAGAGUUACUGCAAUCUUUGAUCCAAACAGCAAGGAUGGAAAAUGUUACAUUUGUGUACGCGUUGUCUCCUGGAAUUGAUAUUAUUUAUUCAAGCGACAAAGAAAUCAAAGCUCUGCAUGAUAAAUCUGAACAGGUACGCUGUUUAGGAUGUGAUGCUUUUGCGCUACUGUUCGAUGAUAUUGAUAUGGCAUUGAACGAUGCCGACAAAAAACAGUUUUCGUCUAUUGUUAUGGCCCAGUUAACUGUUGCUAAUGCUCUAUACGAGUUUUUGAAGUGUCCUCAUUUCUUUUUUUGUCCUACAGAGUAUUGCGAAUCACGAGCGAAUCCGUCAUUGGAAGAAUCGGGCUAUUUACUUACGCUGGGUAAAAAACUGGUUCCUGAUAUACAUAUUUUGUGGACAGGACCUCGAGUGGUAUCCCGUGAAAUUACGAUCGAUCACAUCCGACGUGUCGCUGCUGUGUUACAAAGAAAACCGGUGGUUUGGGAUAAUUUGCACGCCAAUGAUUAUGACCCUAAGCGGGUUUUUCUGGGACCAUUUGCAGGGAGGCCUGUACGACUGAAAGAGGAGAUCGCAGGAAUUUUACUGAAUCCAAACUGUCGUUAUGAAGCUAAUUUCUUGCCGUUCUAUACAUUAGCGGAAUGGAAUAGCUGUCAUGCAGAUGCUGAUGUUUUGGAAGAAGCGGAAUCAGAUGCUAUAUUAGAGGCGGGUGAUGUAGUUCCUGUUGCAACACACAUUGUUGAGAAUGCUUCGCCGAAACGAUUAUAUCAUCCAUUAAAAGCUCUAGAUGAAGGUAUUAAGAAAUGGAUUGAAUACUUUAACGCUGAGUCGUCAACAAAUUCACAUCCAUCUGUUUCUGUUGAAGUAGCUGAAGUUGAUGAACUCAACGAACUGAAGCCAUCAACAAGCUGUGUUUCUUUGGUCACUCGAGAAUUGAAUGGUCCGGAUAGUAGAGACAAUCAGACAGCAAUUGUUUACUUCAGUGCUGAGAACAACUCAGUGGUACAGACUGUGAAUUCGAUGUGCUCUGAAUACAGCGAGCCAAUGGAUCUGGUGUCGGUUACCAAGGAGGACACGAAGCCAUCGUUGGAGACAUCAUAUCAAAGCAAGGGAAAUAUUCAGGAAAUGCUGGAAGUUUCAUCAGAUAUCAGUAUGGAUAGCAGUGUUCAUUCCGAUUCGGAAGCAAAUGUCACUGGAGUGGACCAGGUAGCAAUCUUUGUCGAUAUGUUUUAUUUACCCUUCGAGCAUGGUCGCCGCGGCAUUCAAAUGUUGCAGGAGUUUUCUUGGCUUCACGAAAACUCAUAUGUAAUGAGGAGAAGUAAUGGUCAAGAUAUUGAUGAUCAGAAAGUACAAGAAUUUGUGAGUGACGAAUGGAAACGGCGAUGCGAGGAUUUUGUCAAACUGUUACGUGAUGUAACGAGGCUUUAUCAACAUAUCACGCAACUUCCUAAUCGUAGCGUUGUUCAGGAACUAUUUCAAUACGUUUAUGAUGCUCAAGGUAUGGCUUCUAUUCUGGAAGCACUUGUUCUUUGGAUGGCUGAUGGACAUUUGAAUGUUGCACCUAUUGACUGUGAUUGCUUUUGGCGUGUCGGUAUUCCGGAUGUUGAACCAUGGACUUUGUCUGGCGGUUUCCUGGCAGACUUGCAGAAGCUUCUGUAUUCGAGUGCUAAUUUGGCGGACUUAUUCCUAUUGAAGACAGUAUUACCGCUUUCUUUAAACUGCUACACAGUUAGGCCUUACGCAGAUGAAGAUAUGAACAAUUUUCGAUACAUGUGGAAAAUUGAAAAUGAAUAUGCUUCAAACGUGGGAAUUCUAGAGGAAAUCAAAGAUGAACGUUUUUUUGACAAGUACAUUGGUGCUUAUACUGGUUUUGCAACGCCUCGGACUUGCUUUGUUGCGGUUGAAAAUGAUGCCAUAGGAAGUCCGCGGCAAGUUAUUGCAAUGAUAUGUGCGGCACUUGAUGCAAAACAUUUUGCUGAAAAGGUUCGAAGCCAGUAUAUUCCAAAAAUGCAUUCCAAAUACAAGGUAUAUGCUGAAGCGGAGAAAGGGCAUUCCGUAUCUCACAGUGAAGAAAUUGAACGUCAGAUUUUGGUUGUCAGUUUGCCAUCAUGUUGGAAGAUUGGAUAAAUUUGGUUUUUAACAACAUUUUUUUUAUUU